GCCAAUGGAGAGGCGCGGCCCCGGGCGCCGCGCUCGGCCGCCGGCAUUUAAACGGGAGACGGCGCGAUGUCCCGCACUCGGUGCGCCCUCCGCGGACCGGGCGACCCAGUGUGCGGCGAGAGCGCUCCUCUCCGUCCCGCUGACCCCGCGCCGAGCCCGGCGGCUCGGGCCGCGGCUGCACCCCGCGCCACGCGUCGAGAGCGCAGGUCGCGCCCGCACGCCGCGCUGACAGCAUGAGCCGCACCGCCUACACUGUGGGAGCCCUGCUUCUCCUCUUGGGGACCCUGCUGCCAGCUGCUGAAGGGAAAAAGAAUGGGUCCCAAGGUGCCAUCCCCCCACCAGACAAGGCCCAGCACAACGACUCAGAGCAAACUCAGUCUCCCCAGCAGCCUGGCUCCAGGAACCGGGGGCGGGGCCAAGGGCGAGGCACGGCCAUGCCAGGGGAGGAGGUGCUGGAGUCCAGCCAGGAGGCCCUGCAUGUGACCGAGCGCAAAUACCUGAAGCGAGACUGGUGCAAAACCCAGCCGCUCAAGCAGACCAUCCAUGAGGAGGGCUGCAACAGCCGCACCAUCAUCAACCGCUUCUGCUACGGCCAGUGCAACUCCUUCUACAUCCCUAGGCACAUCCGAAAGGAGGAAGGCUCCUUCCAGUCCUGCUCCUUCUGCAAGCCCAAGAAAUUCACCACCAUGAUGGUCACACUCAACUGUCCUGAACUACAGCCCCCCACCAAGAAGAAGAGGGUGACGCGUGUGAAGCAGUGCCGUUGCAUCUCCAUCGAUUUGGAUUAAGCCGGGACACCCUGACUGCCCUAGGGAUGCAGCCCCAGGCAGUCCCAGAGCCAGACCUAAAACAACCUGAUUUGAACUUGGCUUAAAUCUAGAGACAAGAAGAACCACCAGCUGCCUCCUGACGGGCACCUGCUAGUGUGUAGUUUGCAAACAUGCGUGUGCAUGGGUGGCUGUGGCUGUCUGCAGACACCAGAGGAAACAUAGUCUUUGCUGGAGGGCACUUCAUAUCACCUAAAUGAAUCUGCUUCCACAGGGGAUGGCCCAGAAAGCCCACACCACCCCCGGCAUUUUCAAAGGUGCAGGUCUGAGCUCCGGUUAUGCCUUUGUCUUCCAUGUGCCCUCCUAGGGACUCUCCCUUUAGAAUGAAUGUUGAUGGAAGAGGCCACUCUGAGGGCAGGAGACCUGUGUUAGUGCUGUACUAGACUUGGAAGGGGUAUUUCAACCUGUGCUUGCUUCCUGCCUUCCUCCUCCCUUCCAUAGUCAACCCCAUUGUAGGAUCUCAGUGACUAUUUCAAUCUAAUCUCCUGUUUGCCAAGGGUUCCAAACUAACUCACUGGACCAUGGAUGUAAAUUUUUCCCAUCUUUGGAAGACCCUUCAGACUCUAGGGGAGCUGGUGUGGACAAGGGCAAGGAGGACGGAGGAAUGAGAGAAGGGAGGGGUUGAUCUUAAGGACCACUUGGGCCCAGCAAAAUUCAUUAGGGAGAUGUGCAGGGUCUUGGAAGGCCAGCCCCAAAGCACAAUGAGACCCAUGUGUUAGCAAGUUUUCUCCUGGUAUUUAACAGAACCCUAGUGAACAGAGGAGAAAUGAAUUUGCAAAAAAUAAAAUCAUUAACGUUGGCUGUCACUCUGAUUUGCUGAAACUAGUUGGAACCCAAUUCCAAACUUAAAACACAAGUACUGACCACUUGGAGGUUAGCCCCUUCCUGCUUGGCCCCUCAGGUGGACAAUAGAUGUAGCUCAGCACCCCCCCACAUAGGGAUUGGAAGCGAACAGAAACCUCUUAAGCAGGAGGUACUAAUUCCCUUUGCUUGGUUAUAAUCACCUCUCUCCCAAUUCGCUAUUUCUGGGUAAUGCUUGUGAGCGGCACAGCCUCGUUGCCAAGGGUCUGCCUCUGCUGGGUAUCCCUGACAGUGAAGAACCAGGCUCAGAGGAGAGCUUGUAGGGCCUGCUCCAUUCUAGCUGGAAGAAUCUUUGGUUGUAGCCACUGAGAGAAGUUUGAGCUGGAAAGCAGGACAGAGUGAGGAAGUUGCUUCUGGCUAAGGAGUAGUUUAAUGCCUGGGAGAUGUGAGGGAUAUGACCUUCCCUUCUUCCUUUGCCCGUGAGGGCCUAGUGGGAAGCCCUGGUAAGAAAUCCGAGCAUUUGGGUUCAUUAGUUGUCAUGGUAACAUUGGUGGGAUUCAUGGAACAUUGUAACUCUUGAGAGUGUACUGGUAGAAGCUGUCCUCUGAUUAAAAUUAAACUUGGGCUACUUCUCAAUAGCUGCUUAAGAUUUGUGUAAUGGCCAAAGUGUGGUGUGGGUGAACCUUACUACAUUUUGGGUUUGGCUAACCUGUUCCCUUCAAGCCUGAGGUUUUAUAUGUAAACGGCACCCCGCCCCCCAACACUUUUUUUUUUGUCUUGUAUCAUCUCAGCCUCACCACCCAAGUCAUGUGUAACAUGGGAAACCAAUACCAUAGACUCGUGUUUCAGUUGCCCAUCAAGGCUCCAGCAUUCAAAGGCCCAUUGUAACUAAAGAGGCUGUUUUUAUUUUAUUUUUGAUUUGGUUCAGUGUUCUCCCAUUUAACAACUAAACAAGAACCAUACUUUGCAGCAGAAGUUAUUUUGAACACCCAAAAUGUUGGGUCUAAUUUUAAAACUUUUAAACUCACUACUGAUGAUCCUACUACACUAGGUGAAUUUGUGCAUUUCUUAUACACUGUAUGCCCCUGCCCUAAAUCUUUCUAUCAUUCACAUCCUCCAGCAAUAAACCACAGAAUGGAUUUAAUUAAGCACACAAAUGCUAAGCCAGAAUUUUUGAGGGUGGGGGAAAGGAAGAGAAAGGGAAAGGAACUAAAAAUGUAAAACCAUACUCAAGAGGAAAAAUGACAUUCAGAACCAGCGUCACUGAAUUUCUCUUGGUUUAACUGUGCCAUCAGCAUGCAGUUGUGUUAAGAGAGGCGACUUAAGUUGGCAGCACUAAUCUCCUUUUAGUAGCUUGUACCACUUCUUGCAUGUAAGUUGAAUUUGGCUUAAGUAAAGAGAAUUUCCUCAACAUGAACUUCACUGGGAUAAUCAGCAGCAUAACUGCCCUAAAAACACAGCCUCGCUAAAGAGGGAACCCUCUGCUUUUCUUACUGUGCCUAUAUUAAACUCGCACAAGUACGGGUGUGUCUCCCAACAUUUAUUAAAAGUGCCAUAUCUGUUACAUAGUGUAUUGGAGUCACCGAUGAUGUACUGAUAUGUUUUUUCAUUACUAUAGUAGAUUUUUUUUAAGUGGCAACUAUUUGCAAUCUCGAUCUUUCCUAUUAAAAUAAUGCCAAACACCAAAUAUGAAUUUUAUGAUGUACACUUUGUGCUUGGCAUUGAAUGAGAAAAACACACAUCCUGCAAGUCUGUAAGUUGUUUUUGUUGUUGUUGUUCUUGUAGUUCUUCAAAGUUUAAAAUGUAAGUGAAAAAUCUGGAGGAAAGGAUAAUUUCCACUGUGUGGAAUGUGAAUAGUUAAACAAAAAGUUAUGGUUAUUUAAUGUAAUUAUUAAUUCAAAUCCUUUGGUCACUGUGAUUUCAAGCAUUUUUUUUCUCCUUUAUUUGACUUCCUUUGAGUUGAGCGAAGAAGAGGCGGGCACAUUGUAUGCUGUCGGAGGCUUUUAUCAGGUCAGCGGGAAAUAAGAUCUUGACACAUCUGAACAUGCAUUACAGAGUCCAGACCUGAGCUUUUAUUUUUUUUUAAUUGAAUGUUCCUUAAAGGUUAACAUUUAUGAGGCAAUAUUAAGAAUCAUUUUAAAUGUUAUUUUGGAAGACUUAUGAUGUGUGUGUACAAAUAGUGGAUAAUAAUGAAUAGUUCGCAAGUCCUUUUAAGGAGAAAAUCUAAAAUGAAAAAUGUGUGUGCAGAACAUUUAUAAGUGACAAGUUAAUGCUUAAGAGUGAAAGUAGUUCUAUUGAUUUAUCAUUCUCAAGAUAUUUAAUAUCAACUGCAUUGUGUAUUAUGUCUGCUUUAAUCAUUUAAAAACAACAGAGGAUUAUAUAGACUAUGAUUAAGGUACUUUGCUGUGUAUGCAGAGGAGAGGGAAUUUGAUAGUAUCAUGAAAGUUAAUUUGGUUUUAAGCAAAGUUUUAUGAAUCUGCAACUAGAAUGUAAUUUUACCCAAAUUAUGUUCUAUAUAACCUUUCCCAAAGAGCAAUAAAUAGAACCUCUUCUCUCUCUC